AUCAUCAUCGAGUUGCUCCUCCACAAUAUUAGCUCUUCUUACUCUAGCAGGCCGAUCCUCAAGAUGCCUGUAGCUCCGACCCUCACGCUGGCGGAUGCCGCAUCGGAACGUAAAGGUCGGCUCUUGGCACUCAAGAAGCGAAAGGCUGGCGAGGUGGAUGACAGUGAUGCUAGAGGGAAGACCAAAGUGGCACUAAAGCAGCGAAACUUUGACCCGGUAACGCGCCAACCGGCACAACACGCAGCAGGCGGGCCUGUCAAGAGCGCGGCCGAUGCAGACGAAGAGGAGGCUGCUCAAGCAAGAGAGACAGUGGAGAAGCGAAUGGAGGGUAUCGCAGAGAGAAUCGUGCAGGAAGACGAAGCCAAGCGGACACAAGAACUGGAUCUUCUCAAUAUUCAACCCAAGCGAGCCAAUUGGGACUUGAAGCGGGACAUGGACAAGCGAAUGCGCAAGAUGGAUAGAAAGACACAAGAGGCAUAUGAAUACUUGUUCCGACAACGGUUACAAGCGAUGAAGAAAGGUACCGCCGCAGCGCAGACCUUGCCGGGUGGAGCAGACAUUCUUGCCAACAUGUCUGCGGUCGAGAAGCAGCGUAAAGUGGUGGCCGAGCAGGACGCAGCACGCUCGGACGACGACGAGGAUAUGGACUAAGUGGAUUGAUACGAUUUGAGAUAGACAAAGAGCACGCAUGAUCUGGGCACCUCGAGUUGACAUGUUGUAAAGCACAAAUGAAUACCGCUAUAGUACCGUCUAUUUUACUCCGGU